AUGGAAGCUGACCGGACAAUUGCCAAUUUCAAGUGGCAAGUUUUCUUGACGAACGUCAAGGGAUCUCUUCGAGUCAGGAUGUGGCAGUUCCGCUUUUGCGAUGCUGCCCUUGAACCCGACUGCUACGCCAAUGGAACCGUGUGCUACCAAGGACGGUGCGUGUGCGACCCCGAGUUCAUCUUUGACAAACCGACACAUGCAUGUGUUAGAAGGUCUGGUGGUAUGAAUCAGACAUGUGUACGUCCCAGCGACUGCUACGCCAAUGGAACCGUGUGCUACCAAGGACGGUGCGUGUGCGACCCCGAGUUCAUCUUUGACAAACCGACACAUGCAUGUGUUAGAAGGUCUGGUGGUAUGAAUCAGACAUGUGUACGUCCCAGCGACUGCUACGCCAAUGGAACCGUGUGCUACCAAGGACGGUGCGUGUGCGACCCCGAGUUCAUCUUUGACAAACCGACACAUGCAUGUGUUAGAAGGUCUGGUGGUAUGAAUCAGACAUGUGUACGUCCCAGCGACUGCUACGCCAAUGGAACCGUGUGCUACCAAGGACGGUGCGUGUGCGACCCCGAGUUCAUCUUUGACAAACCGACACAUGCAUGUGUUAGAAGGUCUGGUGGUAUGAAUCAGACAUGUGUACGUCCCAGCGACUGCUACGCCAAUGGAACCGUGUGCUACCAAGGACGGUGCGUGUGCGACCCCGAGUUCAUCUUUGACAAACCGACACAUGCAUGUGUUAGAAGGUCUGGUGGUAUGAAUCAGACAUGUGUACGUCCCAGCGACUGCUACGCCAAUGGAACCGUGUGCUACCAAGGACGGUGCGUGUGCGACCCCGAGUUCAUCUUUGACAAACCGACACAUGCAUGUGUUAGAAGGUCUGGUGGUAUGAAUCAGACAUGUGUACGUCCCAGCGACUGCUACGCCAAUGGAACCGUGUGCUACCAAGGACGGUGCGUGUGCGACCCCGAGUUCAUCUUUGACAAACCGACACAUGCAUGUGUUAGAAGGUCUGGUGGUAUGAAUCAGACAUGUGUACGUCCCAGCGACUGCUACGCCAAUGGAACCGUGUGCUACCAAGGACGGUGCGUGUGCGACCCCGAGUUCAUCUUUGACAAACCGACACAUGCAUGUGUUAGAAGUGAGUCAUCAUGCCAUGUACAGCUGUAG